GCUGGUACUUGGUAGUCUGAAUCUAUCAACGUUUAUACCCAGAAUCUGAAGAUCCCUCACUUGAUCUUGCUUCUGUCUGCAUAAUCUCUGAGACCAGAUACCAUGAGUGGAGACAAAAAGUCCCGGUCUGUUAUCUACAAGAAAACCUCCCGUGACAAGGCGGUGAGUGUAUAUCUUGGUAAAAGGGAUUAUGUCGAUCAUGUGGAGUCUGUGGAUCCAGUAGAUGGUAUUGUUAUCGUGGAUCCUGAUCUUCUUAAGGGAAAAAAAGUGUACAUCACCCUAACCUGUGCUUUCCGCUAUGGUAAUGAGGAUAUUGAUGUUAUUGGCUUGACCUUCUGCAAGGACCUCUACUUUGCACGUACCCAGGUGUAUCCCCCUGUAGAAGAUGUGAAAUGCCUCACAAAGGUCCAGGAGCGGUUAAUGAAGAAGCUGGGGAAUAAUGCAUAUCCUUUCAUGGUGGCGUUUCCUGACUUCCUCCCAUGCUCAGUAGCUCUUCAGCCAUCUCCGUCAGAUGUGGACAAGGCAUGCGGUGUGGAUUUUGAGAUUAAAGCAUUUUCAGCAAGCAACUUAGAAGAAAGAGUUCACAAAAAGAACUCUGUGCGACUAUUGAUACGCAAAAUCCAAUAUGCCCCUGACCAGCCUGGGCCUACCCCCCGUGCAGAGACCUCCUGGCAGUUCUUCAUGUCAGACAAACCUCUGCACAUGAGAGCUGCCCUGACCAAGGAGGUUUUUUAUCAUGGAGAACCCAUUUCUGUGGCUGUAACUGUGACCAACAAAUCAGAUAAAAAUGUCAAGAAAAUAUCUGCUUCAGUGGAGCAAACUGCUAAUGUGGUGCUGUAUUCUAGUGACUUCUACACCAAGACUGUGGCUUUCGAUGAGUCUAAUGAAAAGGUGCCAUCAAAGGCCACUUAUAAGCACACUUUCACCCUUCUGCCUCUUCUGGCAUAUAACCGAGAGAAGAGGGAAAUUGCUCUUGAUGGGAAACUGAAGCAUGAAGACACCAAUCUGGCAUCUAGCACUCUUCUAAAAGAAGGCACUGAUCGCACUGUCAUGGGAAUAUUAGUGGAUUACAAGAUUAAAGUGACUCUCACUGUCUCUGGCUUAUUGGGAGACAUGACUUCCAGUGAGGUCUCUACAGAACUUCCUUUCAUCCUCAUGCAUCCCAAGCCAGACAAUGGGGCUAAAGAAAGUGAACAGGAAGAAGAUCUUGUAUUUGAAGAUUUUGCACGUGAUCAACUUAAAGAUGAAUUGAAAGGUGAAGAUAAAGAGGAAGAGGAUGAAGAUGAGAAAUGAGUGGAAAGUCAAACUUCAUCUUCCCUAAUGUAUAUUACACCCUGUAACUUGCAUUGCAGCUUAUAUUAUCCCCUUUCCACAUCACAGUUGAAAUUGGAAACAGGAAGAAAUUCUUGGGUAGUCUACUUUAUAAUUUAAUGCUUUAUGUUCUCUUUGGGUGUUGUGUCAGAGUUGGUAGUUACAUGCGUAUUAAAUCACGGUGUUGUCCUUCAAACGAUUAAAAGUGACAAGUAGAAAUCAGUGAGACCUACUC